AUGUCUUACAACACAGAUAAUCCAAAUUGCCAUUGUGGGUUGCGAGCUGAAAUUCGCACUUCGUGGAAAACUCCAAAUUGUGGAAGAAGAUAUUUCUCGUGCCUCCAUUGGCCUGGAGGAGGAUGCAAGUAUUUUGGAUGGGUCGAUCCUCCUCUUUGUGCUCGUGCUCAACAAAUAAUUCCUGGGUUGCUCAGAAGAUUGAAUGAAAUGGAAGAAUCAAAAGAAAACAAGAAAUUGAAGAAACUUAAUUUUCAGUUUGAAGAAAAAACCAAGAAGUUGAAGAAACUCAAUUUUGAGUUUGAAGAAGAAAACAAGAAACUGAAGGCAGAAAUUCUGAAAUUGAAGUAUGAGAGCUGCACUGGGUUUCCCCUGACUAACUGCUCAUACAUGGAUGGUCCAGGAGUUGAUCUUUGCAUUGUGGCCAUCAAAGGUGUCUGGGACUGUUGUGUAGGAAUUUCUUCCAUUACCAUACUUUCAUCUUCAUGA